GUAUUUGGACGUCGUUUCUUAAUGUAUACACCCGCCGGCUAUAGUACCCCGCGAAAAGACCAUGUUGCGCAUCGAAGAAAGCCACCAAUGUGAGUCUGCGACUACUUGCUCGUCCUCCAAUACCUCCUAGCUCCCGAUUUCGAAAUUGACCGUUAGGGGUACCAACGAAGGUGAUUACCGUAUACGGCAAGGGUUUAUCUCACGUACCACCACUCGAGACCGUGGCGGUGAUGUGCCAGCCUUAGUUCCUCCGAGAGCACGUUGUCGUAGCUCCUUUUUUCAUCUUGUUUAGUCGCCUUGCCGUACAUAGCAACACCAACGUGUAUUUAAGGUACCUCAAGCCUUUCUAAGCCUUUGCAGCUCACAAUCUGUUUCAUUCCUUCUCUACAUCCUCUUCUUCUCAAACAACGUCAUUAACAUGAAGUUCUCCACACUCUUUACCUUUGCCAGCACUGCUGCGCUCACCCUGGCGGCACCUACCACCCCGGCUACUGUCCUCUCCAAGCGCGCCGACUUCUGCGGACAGUGGGACAACCAGGUCCAGGGCUCCUACACCAUUUACAACAACCUUUGGGGCCGCGACCAGGCCACCUCUGGCAGCCAGUGUACUGGUGUUGAUGGCCUGAGCGGCAGCACCCUUAAGUGGCACACCAAGUGGUCGUGGGCCGGCGGUGCCGGACACGUCAAGUCCUACGCCAACGUCGUAACCAAGAUCAGCCAAAAGGCCAUCUCCUCCAUCACCUCGCUGCCCUCGACCUGGACCUGGACGUACACCGGCUCUAACAUCGUCGCCAACGUCGCCUACGACCUGUUCACCGGCGCGACCGCGACCGGCUCUGCCCAAUAUGAGGUCAUGAUUUGGCUGUCCGCUCUCGGCGGCGCGGGACCCAUCUCCAGCACUGGCAGUGCUAUUGCCACUGUUACCAUUGCUGGCAAUCAAUUCAAGCUCUGGAAGGGUCCCAACGGCCAGAUGACCGUCUUCUCUUUUGUUGCUGUCAACCCCAUUAACAGCUUCAACGGCGACCUCAACGAAUUCCUCAUCUACUUGCGCGGUUACCAGGGUCUUCCCCGCAGCCAGGUUCUGCAGAGUGUUGGUGCUGGUAGUGAGCCUUUCUCUGGCUCUAACGCUGUCUUCACCACCACUGCCUACACCCUGUCUGAGAAAUAGAUGGCGUAAGGUAGUGGUGAAGGAUGAGUCUGGUUGGUAGUAGCAGUAUUUCGAUUCUUGGUAUAUAUUUCUUCUCGCAAAUGUCAAUAUCUCACAUGGCCACAUAGUCAUGACAAGCUUCCUGUUAUGCAUAUCCGGAGCUCUUGCGUACAGUACUCCCUAUUGAGGAUAAUUGAGGUUACGACAUGCACUGCUAUACUGCAGCCAGAGAUCUCGCAAGCGUGACCAG